GACGUUUCAACAGUCGACUCGUUCUGAAGCCUCCAGGGCCGAGGCCUAGGUAAUUUUUGUUGUUGUGAAAAAUUUCCAACCAAUGUCCAUUUUUUUGUGCCCGUUUGGAGCGGGGUCUGGACCUUAUGAGGCAUUUUCGCUGGGGGUAGACUGCGGAAGAAAACCACAAUAGUUGUAAAAGCCAGCAAGUUGAAGGAACUAACGUCAGCGCGAGGAAAUAAAGAUUGAAAAAAUAUGACAUCUCGGAGGUGGUUCCACCCCAAUAUCACGGGGGUGGAGGCUGAGAAUCUGCUGCUGACACGGGGGGUGGACGGGAGCUUCCUGGCCCGACCCAGCAAGAGCAACCCUGGAGACUUCACCCUCUCUGUCAGACGUAACGGAGCUGUCACCCAUAUUAAGAUCCAGAACACAGGGGAUUACUAUGACCUGUACGGGGGGGAGAAGUUUGCCACCCUGGCUGAGCUGGUUCAGUACUACAUGGAGCACCACGGCCAACUCAAGGAGAAGAAUGGAGAUGUCAUCGAGCUCAAAUACCCCCUCAACUGUGCUGACCCCACCUCUGAGAGGUGGUUCCAUGGUCACCUGUCAGGCCGCGAGGCUGAGAAGCUGCUGACAGAGAAGGGGAAAAACGGUAGUUUCCUGGUCAGAGAGAGCCAGAGCCACCCUGGAGACUUCGUUCUGUCCGUCCGUACCGGUGACGACAAGACAGACAGCAGCGAUGGCAAGCCUAAGGUCACGCACGUCAUGAUCCGCUGCCAGCAUGACCUGAAGUAUGACGUGGGUGGAGGAGAGAAAUUUGAUUCUCUGACAGACCUGGUAGAGCACUAUAAGAAGAACCCCAUGGUGGAGACACUGGGCACGGUGCUGCAACUCAAACAGCCCCUGAACACCACUCGUAUCAACGCAGCGGAGAUCGAGAGUAGAGUGAGAGAGCUUAGUAAACUGGCCGAGGCCACGGACAAGGUCAAACAGGGCUUCUGGGAAGAGUUUGAGACUUUGCAGCAGCAGGAGUGUAAGCUGCUAUACAGCCGCAAGGAGGGACAGAGAGCAGAGAACAAGAACAAGAACCGAUACAAGAACAUUCUUCCCUUUGAUCACACUCGUGUGGUGCUGAACGAUGGGGAUGGAUCUGAGGCUGGUUCUGACUAUAUCAAUGCUAAUCUCAUCAUGGUAGUAACGGACGUCAUGCCGGAGUUGGAGUCCAAGUGUAACAGCACCAAGCCGAAGAAGUCGUACAUCGCCACGCAGGGCUGUCUACAGAACACCAUCAGUGACUUCUGGAGGAUGGUGUUCCAGGAGAAUUCCCGGGUCAUCGUCAUGACUACCAAGGAGGUGGAGAGAGGAAAGAGUAAGUGUGUGAAGUACUGGCCAGACAUGUCAGCUCUGAAGGAGUAUGGAAUCAUGCGUGUCCGCAACGUCAAAGAGACGUCCGCUCACGACUACAUCCUGCGAGAACUCAAACUGUCCAAGGUCGGACAGGGUAACACAGAGCGGACAGUGUGGCAGUACCAUUUCAGAGCGUGGCCGGACCAUGGUGUCCCUACAGACCCCGGGGGUGUUCUGGACUUCCUAGAGGAGGUCAACCUCAAACAGGAGAGCAUUCUAGAGGCAGGACCCAUAGUGGUGCACUGCAGUGCUGGUAUCGGGCGGACAGGAACGUUCAUAGUGAUUGACAUCCUCAUUGAUGUCAUCAGGGAAAAAGGAGUGGACUGUGACAUAGACGUUCCUAAGAGCAUCCAGAUGGUUCGUUCCCAGCGGUCUGGGAUGGUUCAGACUGAGGCCCAGUACAGGUUCAUCUACAUGGCUGUCCAGCACUACAUAGAGACACUGCAGAGACGCAUAGAGGAGGAACAGAAGAGUAAGAUAAAGGGGAGGGAGUACACCAACAUUAAGUAUUCUCUAUCUGACCUGACGGGUGGAGACCAGCUGCAGAGCCCUCUGCCUCCCUGCACCCCCAGCCCCACCCCCAACUGCACAGAGAUGAGGGAGGACAGCUCUAGAGUGUAUGAGAACGUCGGUCUGAUGCAGCAGCAGAAGAGCUACAGAUGAGAUUCACCUUUGACCCCAACGCUGUCCCAGGAAUCUGUUAAAUUUUUGUUGCCAGCUGCACCUGAACACCUGAGACGUGAUCACGAUGACUACACGGAAAAGAAGAAAACGUAAAAUAACGAAAAACAAAAAUCUUAGAGAGGUCUGAGAGAACCGAGACUAACGGAGGGUUUUUUGUUCCCUUCCUCCUCCUCUGCUCCUUAUCCUCGUCCGCCCUUUCUCUCCAGGAACAGUAGCCCUCUAGUCCCCUAAACCACUGUGAUUAUCUGGAGAGCCCUAACGAGCUUAAUGACAGAACUUAAUAACAAGCCUAAAGCCCUAAACUUAACCUCAGCCUGAGUUUAGACCUUCUCAGACCAGACCCAGGCUGCUCUGUUCUCAGCUCACUAGAGGGAGAAUAACCUAGCUUACCUGUUCUGUUUGUCAUUAUUCCACCCUCUCUUUUUGGCAUGAAUUUUUCUUCUGUCUUAUUUCUUAUUAACCAAAGGAAAGAAAUGCAUUGAUCGUUUGUUUAUUGGGAAGUAGUGAGAUGAGUGAGCCCUUCUCAGAUUUGAGAAAAAAGGCCUGUGCCAAAAUGGUUUCAUCCAACAUCUCGGCCAACAGUGGUCUCCCUCUGCCCGGUUAAACCAGAGUGUGGGGGGGGACACUGUUUGCAGAGAAAAAAGGGAUACUUCCAGUGGUAAUGUUGUUUUCAUUUUUUUGUAUCAUGUUUUCUGUUACCGAAGGAAGAAUUCUGGGUAUUGUAGUGAUGUUAUUUUUUAAAUCUUCACCCCCCUCAAACUAGAGUCCCAAUAACUUCCCAGUGGAUUUCUAUUCAGGAUGUUGGGGAGGAUUUUUUUGUUGUCUUUUUAAAGGCAUAUUUUUUGAUUUAUUUUUAUUACAUGUUUUUGUUGACAUGUUUUUGUUGUUGCCACAGUGAUACUCAGUCUCCCUUGGUUACCAUUCCCAAACUCGCACCCGAUGUCCUUAACGCCGCAUUCACAUAGCACCGCAACAGCUACAGCACAAGCCUUGUACCUUGGGUGGAAUUGGCGGCUAGAACUCCCAGGGUGCCUUCUGUUCCCACUAAGCACUAAUGUGGGGUCUGAGGGUUGUUUCUGGAGGUGUGGUCGCCUCGCCCCAUACUGUUCGUAAGUGCUGUUAUAACAACGAACAGAAGAGUUGUCUACAGCCCUGACAGUGGGGGACGAGAUUAGAGGUAGGGUGCUUCCUCCCAGGCGCUUCUGUUCCAAUGUUACUGUGGAAACUGUUUCAGAGUUUCUGGGGUAACUUGUUGUUUAUGCCAGUCCGCCUAGCAACAUGCAUCGCCACUGAGAUGCGGCUGCCCCAAAAAGUUUUACGUUAUUUCUUUUUUCAACAAACAUAAUGAUACUAUUGCAUUUUGUGUUUUUUUUCUUUUUCUGUUCUUUUUAAAGAUGAAUGCCUAUUGUGUACUUUUGAAGCACCACAUAAACUUAAUUUUCUCGGUUUCGAGAAGCUACCGCACAUUUUUGAUUUCUGGCCAUUUUAGUUUUCAUUGUCGUGGUUGCCAUGGAAACUACAGGUCCACUGUUGGUUGGCCGGAUUUAACUUGAUAGGUUAAAAGGAGUGCCUGGUCACUCUCUCUCACAGACACACACACACACAAUUGCAAUCAGCUACAAUUCCUUUGUUCUACAUUUGUGUUUCACGGUUGAACAUGCAGUUUCAGUCUCUGUUUAUUAUUUUGCUAGGUGCAUCACACUAAACCACAUUACUUUCUCGAUCUGUUGUCCAUAUGAAACUAAGUGCUUAUUGUCGACUACAGUAUUCUGGAAAGGGUUGUUCCCAGGUUGAUAUAUUAAUUUAAUAUAUGUGUUUUGUAUGUACAUUAUUACCAUGAUAAAGUAUCUACCCAUUUCAUUUCAAAUGUGUAACAUAACGUUAGCUUUUUCGCCAACACGCCUCCCCUUCUACACAUUUGAUUACUGUUUAAAGGUUUUUUUUACGUUUUUUUUUUUUUACAUUGCAGCUCGUUUCCUAUAUAGUGCAGUGCACUGUUAAUGGCCAGAGCCUUAUGAGGCCAGAAGUAGUAACCUAUAUAGUGCAGUGCACUGUUAAUGGCCAGAGCCUUAUGAGGCCAGAGGUAGUAACCUAUAUAGGAAAUAUGGUGCCAUUUCAGAUCAGCCCUUUGGGUAAUGCAGGGAGGGUUGAGGAGGAAGUUGUGAUAUUCUGUAUGUCCAGGGUUAUGUUCUCAUUCAUCCCCCUUUUCCCUAAAGUGUGCACUUGUUCACUCCCCCUCGUUGUAUUUAAAAAAUAUAUUGGAUUGGUCUGUGUAAGUUUGCUGUCUUGGCGAUGAGGGAGGUCUAGAAUGUUCCUUUUCUCAGCCUCUCUGGGGCUCCAGGUACAAGUUACCCCUAAGCACUGAUCUAGGAUCAGCUUUGCCGCCCCAAGACCUAAGCUUGACCAUUCGGAGGAAACCUAUUUAACUGACUAGAUCAAUGUCUAAGGGCAACUUCAUCCUAUUCUGGGGAGUUGUUCUUCUGAAUGGUUAGUUUGUUUCUCUCCUUUGACUGAGUUCGGGGAUCCUUAGUAUCUACUGUGCUGUGUGUCGUGAGCCCGUUCAUUGUACUGUAGGGUGUGUUUGUCGAACACUAGUCUGUGGCGUGCUUCUGGUGUUUAUGUAUCGUGGUGUGUUAGGAUUUGUGUGGGUGUGUGAGAAAGGGUGUGUGCGUGAGAGAGGGUGCGUGUCCAGAGAAUACUGGUGUUUCAGCUGCCUGCUCCUCGAUGCCUGGCCAUCUCUUCUGGAUUCUGUUUUCCUCUGAUCACGAUGAAAUGGCUUUUUUCCCCCUUGUUUCCUGUUUUGUUUCUGUCACGUAAAGCGUUUACAUGCAUAGAUAUGCCUCCCUAUGCAUAUGCAUUACAUGUGUUGGUUAUACUCUGAGAAACCAGUGCUCUUCAGUCUCACCUCCAUACUUAACCUGAAAACACUUUAAUGUGAACUUCUGUCAACCCUGACAGCAUACAACAAAAAAAAAGGAAAAAUGUUCAACUCAAUGCAAACAAACGAAACAAACUAUAUUUUUUAACUUGUAUAUUGUACAUUAAUAUCUUGUAGAGGAGAAUGUACUUACUAAACAUAUCUAAUUGCCAAUAAGAUGAACUGUCUGUGUAAUCUAAUAGCUCUCUACCCUGUGUCGUGGAGUUGGAGCUUUCUCACAAAGCUUAAGAGGUUUAUCGUAUUGUAUUUCAUUGCAGGUAACCUGGGUAACUUCCUUGAUAACGAUAAUAAACGGCAAUGCUCAUGCCUCAAAACGUC